GAAACAAGGGCAUUGAUGUCAAUAAAUCAUUUGACCCAAAUUUGCAGAAAGUGCUAGUCAAAAAACAGAAAAAAAAAACCAGAGAGAUUGUUUCUGAAAAGUAGAAAGCAAAAAAAUAUGGCUACUGCUCUGUUAUCCACCGCUUGCUUUCUCCCUUCAAAUAAUAAAGUAGGGACUAGACUUGUGGUGAAUUUGAAGAGUUCCUUCUAUGGUAAAGUGAUUUGUAGUCAAAGUUUCUUAAGGAGAGAGAUUAAGAGAAUCCAUGGACACAGAUUUGUCAUUACCUCAGUGCUUGGACGAAAGGUAAGAAAGAGAGAGACAGUUGUUCCGGAGCCAGAUUACCGGAUACCAAUUGUCCUACUCGGUUUUGCUGGUGGAUUAGCAUAUACAAAUAAUUUUUUGCCAGCUGCACCUGUUGGUCUGCUUGGAUUGCUCCUAUUAUUGCAGACAACAAGAGUGAGAUUUGUUUUUGACGAUGAAGCUCUGGAAGUCAAAGUAGGAGAACAGCUUGAGGAUUCAGGUGAAAAUGUAUUUGUGGGUGGAAAAAACCGAUGGAAAUAUUCAACAUUUGUAAAUUGGGAAUUGUGGUGGCCAAAUUUCCCUAUUUUGGUGUAUUUUAAAGAGACUCAAACAAAACCUGAAGGACAAGUGCACUUCUUCCCAGUAAUUUUUAAUGGUAAGCAACUUUAUGAUGUAAUGGUGGAGAGAGCUGGCCCCUCAAAAACUAGCGGACCAAAACAAUCCUAAAAGUUCAGUGUUCAUGGUGGCAACAAUCGAUAUGAGAUUCAAUGAGGGUAAAAGUAUAUUUGCUGCUUCUAAUGGAAAGCUUGAUUUUGUACAUAUUUUUCACCAUAUGCUGCACUACUGCAUCAACUGUAUCUUAAAUUUGAAUUCAAGAGCAAUUUUAACUAGUGCAAUUGUGUAUUUUACACCCUCGAUUGCCGUUAAUAGCAAAGAUUAUCUAUAGUGAUUGUUCAUGUGUUCCUGCUGAGGUUGCUGGAAUUCUCAACCGUUGGUGCAAUUGUAUUUUGCCUUCUCAUGUGCAGAAGCCUGAGAAUGAUCACUUGAUCAUUUAAUUUGUUAUGAUGAUAACUGUUCUUUUAUCUUAUUUUGAGUAAACAGACAAAGCAAGUAUUUUCCAAUCUA